CUUCCGGGCCGGACACCGGACGUGGGGCGGGGGCGGCCGUUGACCCGGUGACCGCGGCGCAGCCGGAGGCGGGAGGUGGGACCCGCUCGCUCCUCGGCGCACGAGCCUCCGUCCCGCGUGGGUACCGGGCGCCGCGCCCUCGGCCGGCCGGGGUCUGGCGGUGCCGGCGGCCAUGAGCGCCAACCCCCAGUGGGACGUCCGCCGGGCGCUGGGCGUGGCCCGGCUCUUCCACUGGGUGUGUGGGGUCCGGGACGCCACCGCGACCCCGUUCCUGACCCUCUACCUGAGGCAGCUGGGCUUGGCCGCGCCCUGGGUGGGCGUCCUCAUGGGAGCCAAGCACCUGAUCGCAGCCUUCUGGGCUCCGUUCUGUGCCUUCCUGGCCAGAAGCUGCCGGAACAGGAGGGCGCUUCUGAUCGGCUCGCUGCUGGGCUCGGGGGCAGCCAGCCUGCUGAUGGCGCUGGUGCCGCCGCGGGACGGAGACCCGGGGCACCGCUCCUGCAAUGGCAGCCGCCGCGCGACCCCCACAGUCCUUCCGCCGGAGGCGGCGCUAACCGGGAACUUCGCCCCGGCCCGAGCGGCCUCGAGCAGGAGCAGCCCGGCGGGGGCCCCCAGCCUCCCAGCCGAGAGGCGUCCUGGGACCAGGGACGCCUCUGGCUUCAGAAAAGGACCACGGGACAGUGUCCGAGAACCUGUCAGCCAUCGGCCCAGAUACUUUGUGGGCUCUGUUGAAGGAGCCAGGACCACACCCGAAGUUCUCCACCCUGUCACCCCGGGGCUGAAAGAUACUCCCUGGGAAGGUGCUUUUAAGGGGGUCAGUACUGCCCACCCUUUGUUUGCCGGGGGUUCAGCCCUGGGAAGUCCAGCCAACUUGUCAGCAGUCCAGGGGAACUCGGGAGACCCUGAUUUCUCCUUGGAAGGGCUGCGAUGGACUUUCAUUCUGUCCUUGGGGUUCAUGGUGUUCUGGGAGCUGCUGGCAGCCCCUCUGGAGCAGGUGGCGGAUGACAGCCUUUUCGAAUACCUGGAUUUUGUGGACGCCACUGACCGUUACAGAAACCUGUGGGUCUGGAGGCUGCUGGGCACGUCGGCAGGCGUGUGUGGCAUCGCAGCCUUGGUGGAGCGGCUGGACUGCUUCCUGAUGACGAGUGGCCCCCCGGGUGUGGUGCACUUCUAUGGCUACUCGCUGGUCAGCAGCCUGGCGGUACUGGUGAGCAUUGCUUUUCCUGUCCCCAUCUGCAGGCAGCGGGAGCCCAGCUACAGAGCCGUCAGAACACUGUCUCUGGUAGAGAGCGACCCCCGCCUCAUUCUCCUAGCCUCCACUGUCUUUCUGGUAGGAGCCGCCACCAGCGCAGUACAGAACUUCCUAUUCUGGCACAUGGAGGACCAUGGGAGCAACGAGCUGGUUAUGGGUUUCUCAGUUGCCUUGGGCUUGCUGGGGGAAAUUAUGCUUCAUCCGUUCAAAAGCAUGUUGCUUAGGAAACUGUCCAGAGCAGGAACAGUGGGGCUGGGGCUGGGCUGCCUUUUGGGGCAGCUGCUGUACUACUCUUUCCUCUGGAGCUGGUGGUCCGUCCUCCCCGUUCAGAUCCUGAGUGCUUUCAGCAACGGGGCUCUGUGGUGGGCAGUGGGGGCUUCCAUAGAGGACCUGGCCACUCCCAGAACAGAGAGACCUCUGAGUGCAGUGUUUCGAGGUCACUUCUAUGGGGGCGGAGCCAGCCUGGGGAGCUUUGUCGGGGGCUUCGUGGUGAGGCACUUCAGCCUGGCUGUGCUCUACCAGGCCAGCUGCGCCGUGCUGUUGCUCUGGCUGAUUCUGUUCCUGUCCAUCUGGCCAAGGCUGCCCCAGGAGCGACAGAUCAACUACUCAAAGCUGCUGACCGUGGAGGCAAGUGAUACAAGCGACUCUGAGCAGGGGAUGGAACGGGACUGGCUUGUGAAGGCCAUGAGGGAGGACCACUCAAACUGGAAGGGCUGAGAGCUGGGAUGUGCUGAUCUGGGAAGGAGCCAAAGCACUGGAUGAAACUCAGCCUGCUGAGGACAAAAUCCCUGAGUCCUGCCUGGGGUUGUGGGAGCCGUGGAAGACAGAAAGCACGUUUGUGUUGAAGCCCCGAAGGUUCAGCUCACUCAAUGUAUGAUUUUCUUCACUUGGAUAGUAAAAGGAAACUUCAUUUUUUGCAGUUCAAUUUUCUUUUAAUAAUAGAGGAAAAGUACAUUUGCUGAAAAACAAAAAAAGUUCUCAGCAUUCAUUGUAUUUUUGGUGUAUAAGGUUUGCGAGAGCUUUGCUAGCACUGACCAGUGCUGGUGAUUUCAGCCAUGGCUGGAGUGCUCAGCUCGCCCUGGCAGGGCCGGGGAAGCAGUGGGGACCUGCAGGACUCAGGUGGCGAUGCAACACUGGCUUUGAUGAGUCGUGUACAUUCCUGUGGGUCCUAAAAGGCAGGAGCCUGAUCCUGUGAAGACUGUGCUUGGGCAGGCAAGAACUGUAAUGAAAACCGAAACUGUUUUCUCUCUCACUCCACUGAUACACAGGCGCCCAUGCUCCCACCCACUACCUAAGUUUCCAAUAGGAGAAUGUGUUGGAAAAUGUAAAUUGUGUCCAGGGGAGAGGGGUGGAAGUUAAUAGGUUUUCAUUCUUACUCUCAGAUAUGUGUGUCUCCAGGGAAAGUAUCCUUAGAAUUAUCUCCAUGCUUAUGUCAGAGCAAAGGUGAUUUUGUGUCCUUUGGACUCGCGUGUUGCACACUGCACCUCAUGGAGCAUGUGAAGAUUGUUUGCAUCUACUCUGAUUAGGGUGGGGUGGCCUCUGUAGAGUUUGGAUGCUACAGGCAGUCCACACUGUGACUGUGCCUAGUUGCUUGGUGGGGCGCCUUCGCCAGCCCUCCCUGUAGUCCGGGAAAUGGUCCUUUAUCCCAGGGACCAGCCCCCAGAGCCCAGUUCUUCUGUUCUAUAAUCAGGUAAAUAUAGGACAUUGGACUUAGAAGAGGCCUCAUCUUACAAAUGCAGAAAAUGUCUCACAGCUGGAGAAGGGAAACACACACACAUGAAUGUCCUCUGGGUCAGAUACGGUUCUAGCAACUUUACUUUUUUUUUAAUUCUUCCUAAAUAGCUUUCGGGUACAAAUAACCAACAAAAAAAGUAAUCUCUUAAAUAAUUUAGGGAUUCACUUGUCUCUCAUAAGAAGUCUAGGGUUAGGCAGUCCAGAGCCAGUACAGCUGCUUAGUAAUGCCUCUGGGGACCUAGAUCUCUUCAGCUCUUUGCCAUCAUCCUCAGGUUGUAGGCCUUCCUCCCAUGUUUGGUCACGUAUAACAAGAUGGCUGCUGCAACUCCUCUCAUCCACAUUCCAGGCAGGAAGAAGAGGGCAAGGGGAACAACAGGGUUGAAUGCCUAUACCAGGAAAACAAAAACCUCCCUGGAAACUCUUAGCAGAUUGGAAUGAACUGCAUCACAUGGCCACCCUCAACUGCAAAGCAAUAUGGGAGGUGGAGUAUUUUCCACUGGGCACAUUUAUACCCCAAGCAAAAUCAAGGUCCUGUUGGGAAGAAGACAGGGCUAGCAUUGUCUCAGCACAGUCUCAGAAGUGGAAUUUGCAUUCCGGCCUGUCUCAAAGCCUGAGUUCCUUUCUGCACAGCAGGCCUGCUUCCCCACAGAAACAACUUUAGCCACUUGACCUCCCACAAUACAUGUAAUACCCUAGGAAUACACGUAAAUCAAGUUUGUUAGCUUCGUUUCACAAACAAGAAGAGGGAAUCUCGAAGAAGUCAUACAUGGGGUCACUGGCAAAAACAUCUCCUCACCCCCAAUUCAGUGCAUUUUCUGCUAUGUUGAAUUCCACACCUGGCUGGCCAGUCAAGCCAUCUGAGGAGCAUUAGAAAACAUAGGUUCCUGGGGUCCAUCAGGAUUUCUCAGGUGCAGCCCAGAAUCUGUAGUGUUAAUGGCGUCUCCAAGUGAUUCUAUGUGGCUAGCCAAGCACAGAUCCACUUGGUUACCCUUUCCAGCCCUGCAUGUCCCACCACUCUGGCUGAAUGCUUCUUAGCAUGCAGUAAAGAGAAUACUAGCUAUUGAAUGGCUCCUAUAUGUUAGACACUUUCCUAAACACUUCAUAUGUACUAGCUUAUUUAGUCCUCAAAGCAUCUCAGGUUGUAGGCUUCUACCAUCUCCAAUUUACAGAUGACAAAAUUGAUGGCUAAGUAAAUUGCUUGAGGUCACACAGCGAGUAGGUGGCAGCAUUGGGAUCUAGAUCCAGCCUGGUGGCGCUGCAACCUGAAACUUUAUUUAUUUUUUUUAACUAUUUAUUUUUAUACAGAGGAGAAGGGGGGAGAAAGAGGGGAAAGCAAUAUCCAUGUGUAGUUGCCUGUCAUGUGGCCCCGACUGGGGACCUGGCCUGCAACCCAGGCAUGUGCCCUGACUGGGAAUUGAACCGGAGAAUUGAACCGGAAUUUUGGUUUGCAGCCCGUGCUCAAUGCACUGACCCACACCAGCCAGGGAUUGAAACCUGAAACUUUAAUCACUAUGCUCUAUGGCCAAGAAAUUGGACCAAAGAUGGAAACUUAAAUAUUGAGAUUUAAGGCAGCUAUCACUUGAAAUCUAUUGGAGAGUAGAUAGUAUUUACUACAUAGACAGACAUACAAUAAUACUAAAACACAAACACAUAUGUGGCCCCCUAACAUAAACAAGAGGACGAGGAACAGGACUUGGCUUAGGAAAAGAGUUAAGAAAGUAAGUGUGAUUUAGUCAGAAGAGGGAGAAGAGGAUGAGGUGGAAGAGGAGAUUGAGUGAAAUAAAAGUUUAAGGAUCUAAAAAAAUCUUAUGGGAAAGAUGCUGAGAAACUUGUGUUUUUGUCUAUUUGCUAUUUGACUAGCCUCUGUUUGUAGAUGAUUAUGCAACUUGUCAUGGAGAAUCCAGAAGUGAAUAAAAUGUGUAGCCCCCCACCCUCAGGAAGCUAAUAGUCUAACUGGGAGACUGACUUCUGUUCAUGCACACAUGCAUAAGGAAGCACAGGACGCUGGGAAAUGACUCACAAAAGAAAGCAUUACAGGAGUUUAGGAAACGGAGAGAUCAUUUCUGACUCAGGAACUCAAGGAAGAUUUUGUGGAAUUACAUGUAAGUUAAGCAUUAAGAAUAGUAAACCUAAUAGGUAGAGAAAGGGUAGGAACUCAGGAAGGGUAUUCUAGGCAGAGGGAACAGCAUGAGCAAAGUUACAAAGGUGGGAAGCAUGGGGUCUACUUGGAGAGUAGCAAGAAAAAAUGUUUGGUGGUAGCAAAGAAUUUGUGUAGGGCAAUGCUGACAGGCAAGACUGGGAAAGGUAGCUUAGGACCAGAUCAUGGAAGAUUUUGAUUCCAUAAACUUUGGAUAAACCAUGGAAGGUUCUGGAAAGGGUCAUGACAGGUGAGGACUGCACUGAGCCUUU